UAAUUCCUUUCUCGAUUUCCUCGUUGUUUCGCGCGAAAGCUUCGAGGAGAGGGAAAACGUUAACACAGAGAAGGAAGAUUCUGAGAUGGAGAAGGUUGGGGAACGUAAGCUAGAAGAAGAACUUAAGUGCCAGACUGCAAUACGAUGCGCCAAAGCUGCGUUGCUGUUGUCUUCUCUUAAAACCUUCACAAUUUAUUCAACCGCCGAGGCGACGGCUCACCAACUCGAGGAUGUGGAGAAAAUUGAGAUGCUAAAGAUAGAGUUAGUGAAGGAGAUUCAAAAGUUUAAGCAUAUGAGACGCUGGAUUGGAGUUUUUGUGCUUUCUUACAUCCUUCUCAUUGCUUCUGCAAUUUGCUACCAUUUGUUAGCACUGGAAUUUUGACUGUUGCGCUGUCUAAGGCAAUGGCAAUGGCAAUGUCAAUGGCGAUGGCGAUGGCGUGGAUCAUCUUCCAACUGUGAUUUCCGUCCCGCAGGUCACCAGUUUCAUCCUCGAGCUCUCAAUUCUGCAGGCAAGUGAUUUGAUUUUAUAACCUCAACUGAUAUACCUCCACAUUUCAGUGGAGGGUGGUUUAUUCCUUCCAAAAUGGUUUCAAUUCUGCGCAAAAAUCUCACCUCUUUGUUUCCGAAUCAUGCUUCCUACCACCGUCUUUCUCCCUUGAUUUCUUCUCUGCGCUAUUUCUCCACUUCCAAGGACGGGGAGUGCGCUGCCUCGCCUGCACUCUUCGAUUUAUUGCGCAAUAAGCACCAAUUUUCGAUUCAAGCUGCUUCAAAAGUCACCUCUUAUCUAAAUCGAGUGAAAAGCAGAGUCAAAGACCCUGAGAAUACCGAUUCAAUACUGUCAUAUCUCAAGGAGUGCGGCUUCUCGAUCGCUCAAUUGGAGAAAUUCGCGAAAUACAGGCCUGAUGUUCUCAAAGUAGAUCUCGAGAGUACCGUUAAACCCAAAAUUAGGGUUCUUACAGAUUUGGGAUUUUCUUCAGACGACGUUGCCAAGAUGCUCUCGACCAAUCCUUCGAUUUUGCUGUUAAACUUGGAAACUAGAGUUAUUCCUUCUUUCUCUAUUCUGAAAGGUUUGUUGGGAUCAAAUGAUGCUGUAGCGAAGCUCUGGAAGGCAUCGCCAUGGUUUUUAGUUGGUAAUUUGGAGAAGACAUUGGUUCCCAAUGUCGAAUUCUUGAAGAGCUGUGGUAUACCUAUGGAGCGCGUGUUUGUUCUUCUCAACAAGGAUCCGAAUUGCCUGUUGUUGAAUCCAAAAGUUGUUAGGAACUCUGCAGAACUGGCUGAGAAAAUGGGAGCUCAAAGAUGCUCUAACAUGUUCAUUUAUUGCAUUCGAGCUAUUGCUUCAUUUUCUCCCAAGACUUGGGAGCUCAAGUUGCAGGCAUUGCGGGAUCGUGGGUUUUCGGAAUGUGACAUAAACACACUUUUUAGGAAGGCACCGCAAAUGUUUUGCUUGUCCGCAGAAAGAUUGAUAAGAGCAACAGAUUUUAUUAUCAUCAAUGGCAAGUACAAUAUGGCUUGCAUUCUUACAUACCCAACGGCGCUUGGAUGUAGCAUAGAGAAGAGGUUGAAGCCUCGCUUUCGGGUUGUGGAAAUUUUGGUUAGUAAGAAGUUGAUUAAAUGCCGUCCUGUCCUUGGCGCGGUUACCUUGUUAUCAGAACAGAGGUUCUUCGAUAAAUUUGUUGCUCCUUAUAUAGAUGAAGUUGGCAAAGUGUAUGCUGCAAAGAGUUUGGCAAUAGCCGAAUGAGAAAAUAGCUAUGAAUCAUGGAGUGGAGGUAUAGGAAGUAGUAGUUACUCUUUUGUUGGUUUUUUAUGCUAAUUGGGUAGUAGCCAACGUUUUGUUUUGAGUAUGUUCUGUUUAUUAGCAUUAGAUUCUUUUAAGCUAAUAUCAGUUUUUAUAAUAAUCUUGUGUAUGCUAAACACUUGGAACGAUUUUGGAGCACACAUUGAAUACAUAAUUCCUCAUCUUUCAUUGUAUCGAAUGAAGAUGUACUGCUCGUUGAUUUUACAUGUUUUGUUCUAUUGGUUUUGUAUGGAUCUUUGCUAGAAAUAACAGAGAAGGCGUUUAGUGUCCAAAUAUCCGAUCUUCUGCAUUAUUUCUUGAUGUGUUUAAGUCAUUGGUGUGCUUGUACUCUUCGUCUUGUCAUUUGUUUUAGUUUUUAAAUGACUUGAUAAUAUAGUAGAACACCAUAUACGGUAUACCAGGUGCCUGUUUUGUGGUUCAUAUGUUGUCAGGACAUGGUCUGCCUCGAAGAGAAAAUUUAAAGGGGCAUUGAAGUAUAUGAAAGCAAUGUUUGAAAUAUGUUCCAUCUGUUUUGCUGCUUUGAUCGGUAAUUGACUGUGAUAGGUGAUGCUCCUGUUUCUUUUUAAUCGUACAACUUUUACUCGGCUGCUGAAUCUAUCGUCCUGUAAUGCUUGGAAAACAUUGCACUUGUUUUGGCGUUCGGCAGGAGAAGUUGUACAGAAAUACUGCUGAAAAAUUGAGGUUUAAUUCAUGGCAAAGGGGUCAUUAUAUUCUUGCUGGUCUAAGCUCUCGAUCGACUAUCUUGCUUGUAUCAAGUCUCUUGAUGGCGCUGGAUUUUGCGACUCUUCACCGGGCUUUUUCAUAUCUUGAAUGCUCCAGCUACAGAUAAGUAAAGCCCCUUCUUGGCCUUAAACUCUACUUGUUCCUUUGCCGGGCAACUGAAAAAUGCACUGUAUUUUAUCACAGCUUUGAAAUGCAUCUUUUCCGAUCAAAACUCCGGUGGAAGGUCCGGCAACGACCAUUUGAUGAAGCUCAAGGGAUAAGUGUAUCUUGGUAUUUAUUUCACACAUCAUCAAUAUCUUUCGGGUGUGUUUGUUUGGAGGUUUGGAUUUUGAGAUGGGAUUUGAAUAGUAAAAAUUUUGAAUUUGAAUAGUUGUACGAUGUGAUAUAAAUAGGUGUUGAUGUGAUGUUUUGAAUGUAAAAUUGAUUUUUAGUAUAAUAUAAAAAAUGAAAAAUAAGUGUUUGAUUUGAUGUUU